AUGGCUGCCAACUCUCAAGGAAUCGCGACACUGCUCGACGCAGAGAAGGAGGCGUCGCAGAUUGUCGCCAAGGCGCGCGAAUACCGCAACCAGCGACUGAAGGACGCGCGAGGGGAGGCCAGCAAAGAGAUCGAGCAGCUCCGGGCGAAGAAGGAGGCGGAGUUCAAGGAGUUUGAGAACCAGCACUCUGGCGACUCUUCCAGCUCACAAGACGAGGUGAACAAGGCGACCCAGGAGGCGCUCGCCAAGAUCGAGGCGUCGUUCGAGGAGAACCGCGAAAAGGUCGUCAAGGACCUGCUCGAGCGCGUCGUUCAGGUCAACCCUGCGCUUCACCGCAACCUCGAAGCUCGCUCCUGA